AUGCCCGCGGAUCGGUCGCGGCCGAUGCGCGUGUAUCCCGCCGCAAAGGUUCUCCAAGUGCCCAAACGUAAUAAUAGUAAACCAACCCGAAUCCUUAUGACGGCGUUCCCAUAUAGAGAACAAAACGCAGGAAAACGUCACGAACGCAAUAAGUGGACUUCUAAUGAGCAUUCUUUUGACGACGCCGCUAUUCGGUCGAGCCCGAACGGUCGACGGCGAGUAGCGGCGGUCGUGGCAACAGUGGGUGCCGAGCGAUGCGCGGCCGAUGUUGCUUCCCGACCAGACGUACGAGGCGGCCGAGAGCGGAGUUUCGGCGCUCCCGCUGCUUUUGCGGACCCACCGUGUACCCCCCGACUUCUUCUGCGCAGGAAAUAUGAAAGUGCGGGGGACUUUGGAGCGGGACGGCGCGAGCGAGCGGCGCGCACGGCGCAGUGCACUGGUGGAGACGCUCGAAGGAAGUCGCUCGAUUGCGCGGGCGCCGGUGACAGUGUUAGAGCGGGCGGCGAGUGUGAUGCGAGCGCGCCGCCCGCCAUGGCCACGCUCGGCCUUUCCAAAGUGUUCAUUCUAGACAAGUACUUCACCGAAUUGCAGAAGUUUUGGGAGACGGAGAAGAAGCUGCAAGAUGCAUCGUCAUCCAACGAGGCGGUGCACCUGCAGCGGCGACUAUUGAGCCUCAGCUCAGAGCUGGUGACGCUCCGCAACCACUUGCACGUUGGUGGCACGUCGAACGGAGCGGCGAGCGGCACGGGCGCUCAGCCGGCGGUGCCGCCUCGCGCUCCGCUACUUCCUCCUCCGCUUCAGACGCAGCAGCCGCCGCCUCCUCCCCCGGAAUCGAGAUGGCGCGGUGCGUCAGGUGCAUCGGCCGCGCCGACCCCGGGCGGGGCGCCGAGCGGUGAUGUCGACGAUCUCAUCCAUUUACGAGGACCCCUCACAGAGGACGCGCUGGUCAGAGCGCUGCAGACGAGAUUCUAUCAAAAUAAAUUUUACACCACUGUGGGGCCGAUCGUGGUGGCUCUGAACGCGUAUAGUGACUCGACGAACGCUUUGACGCCGACGGCGGCGCGGGCGCAGCGGCCCGAGUUGACGCGGCUAGUGCAAGACGCCGUGCGCCAUCAAGCCGACACGGGCUGUCCGCAGGCCAUAAUCCUCUCCGGUGUGUCGGGUUCGGGGAAGACGUACGCGUCGAUGGUAGUGCUGCGGCGACUGUUCGACGCGGCCGGCGGAGGCCCCGAGACCGACGCCUUCAAGCAUCUCGCCGCCGCGUUCACCGUUCUGCGCUCGCUCGGGACGGCGGCCACUCUCGCCAACUCGCACUCCACGAGAAUCGGACACUUCAUCGAGGUGCAAGUGACGGACGGCGCUUUAUACCGCACCAAGAUCCAUUGCUAUUUCCUGGACCAGACGCGCGUGGUGCGACCUCCCGCCGGAGAGAGGAACUACCAUAUCUUCUACCAGAUGCUCGCGGGUCUAUCGAGCGACGAGCGUUCGCAGUUGCACCUCGACAAACAUACAGCGCAAGAUUUCAGGUAUCUGUCCUCCUCGGUGUCUCGUCGGUCCGAAAGCGAGGACGCGGUCCGUUUUCAAGCUUGGAAGAGCUGCUUAGGCGUGCUCGGCAUCCCCUUUCUGGACGUAGUGCGCGUCCUGGCAGCCGUGCUCUUACUCGGUAACGUCACUUUCACCGACGGCGCUGAUGGCAUCGCCGAACCCGGCGGAGAGGCAGAGGUCUCAUCAGCGAGCAACCUUCUGGGCGUAGGUGCGUCGGCGCUGGUGCGAGGCCUCGGCACGCGAGGGGCGCCCCGCGCAGGGAGAGGACAGGUGCGCGCGCCUGCCUCGGCCCCCGCAGCGGCUUCUGCGCGGGAUGCGCUCGCCAAGGCGCUCUACUGCCGAACCGUAGCGACUAUCGUGCGACGGGCAAAUUCCCUAAAGCGGCUCGGUUCCACACUCGGGACGCUCUCUUCGGACUCCAACGAAUCGGUACACCAAGAGGCGGCAUCGCGUCGCGCUUCGACGGCGGGCAGCGGAGCGCGCAGCGGGGCCGGGGCUCGUUCGAUGGCCGCCCUGAAUGACGCGGUGAGACAUGCGACGGACGGUUUCGUUGGUAUUUUGGAUAUGUUCGGAUUCGAGGACGCCGCCCCGAGUCGUCUAGAGCAUCUUUGCGCCAAUCUCUGCGCCGAAACGAUGCAACAUUUUUACAACACACACGUGUUUAAGUCAUCGACGGAGUCGUGCCGGGAGGAGGGCGUGCCCGGCGCCCUCGAGGUGGAGUAUGUCGACAACGUGCCUUGCAUCGACCUCGUCUCGUCGCUGCGAACCGGGCUCCUGGCCGCGCUGGAUGCGGAGUGCGCGGCGAAAGGUUCUCCCGAGCAGUACGUGAGCCGCAUAAAGGCAGCUCACAGAGGACAUCCGCGGUUGGCCGAGCCGCGACCGCCACACCCCCGUCGCUUCGCCGUGCGCCACUACGCGGGAGAAGUAGUAUACGAUACAACUGACUUUCUGGACGCCAACCGUGACUCCGUCCCGGACGACCUUCUCGCCGUUUUCGAUACGAGAGCUUGCGAGUUUGGAUUCGCGACCCAUCUGUUCGGUGCCGAACUAAAGGCCCUGGCCGCGGCGGGCGGCCCUUCUGGCGCUAUGUUCCGCGCGUCCCCGACAGCUGCGGGGGCGUCUUCCGCGACCCCGGCGACCUCGGGUGGAUCCACGCUCACUCAAGACUUCCACACGCGCCUCGACAACCUUUUGCGGACCCUCGUUCACGCUCGACCGCAUUUCGUGCGCUGCUUACGAGCCAAUUCCACGGAGACACCGAUGCUCUUUGACCGAACCACGGUCGCUACGCAGGUUCGAGCUCUGCAAAUCUUGGAGACGGUACAGUUAAUGGCGAACGGGUACCCGCAUCGCAUGCGGUUCCGCGUGUUCAGCGCGCGGUACCGGGCGUUGCGGGCGCGCGACAAGCAGCAAUGCGCGGAGUGGAGCGAGGCGGCGUGCGCGAGCGUCCUCCGCUCCGUCACCGCCCCCGCCGCCCCGGCCUCGGACGCAGCGGUUCGGUGGGCGAUCGGCAAGAGGCACAUCUUCCUCAGCGAAGGAAUGCGACAGGUGUUAGAGAGAAUGCGUCGCGCGCGUCGUCAUGCAGCCGCGCAGUGCAUCCAGAGCGCUUGGCGUCGCCACCGCGCCCGAUCCACGCCUCCACGCCCCCGACCCGCGCCGAUCGCGGGCACCCCACCGCCCCCACCACCGCACGACACAGAGUGCGACCCUGCCAUAGUGAAGAGGACUUGCUCGCUCUUCGGGCUCGAUCUGGAGCGGCCUCCCCCGCUGCCGCCUUCGCGGGCGUACACGGUGUCCAACGGCGUCAAGCUGGGUUACCCGCAGCAGCGCACCGUGGCCGCAGAUUGGGACGAGGCGGGAGUGCGCCUGCGAGCCGGCGACACCGUGCUGGCUCUCGGCGCCGCGCCUCGAGGCCACGUCACAGUUCAGGUGUGCGGGAGGACGGUGCCCGUGCCCCACAGCGUGCUGUCACCCCCGCGGGCCCCGCGUCCCGCCCCGCCGCCUCCGCCGCUGGCCCCCGCCUAG